AUGCCAGCAGGAACAAAGUCUGUGCAUUUUAAGGGCUUCAUGACGGAGUCAGAGCCCCGGCUGCCGAAAUAUCAGCAUAGACAGCCAGUGAGGCCAGAAAAGGCUGAUGAGAUGUAUCCGGAGAAGUGGCCAACUUACACACAUAAUGAUGUGGAGACAAGGAUUACCAAUGUUUUGGAGCCACUCUCAUUGUUUGCUCCCUAUCCACAUGAGGAUCACAAAGAACUACCUGAUAAUAAAAGCCAAAAAUCUUUUGAACUUGAGAGGCCAGUAACUCCAAUUGAUGAGGAAAUAAAGACUCAGCCCAAAGAUUUUGACAGACUUGCCAACUAUGUGAGACGUCGGAUUGCUGCCAAACCUGAUGUUCCGUAUUUAUCUAUGGAUGAUCAGAGAAAUCUGGCAGGAAUUUUGAUUGGAGAAGUCACUCUUAUCUGGCCUGAAAUCAUGAAACAGAUUGAUGACCCAUUCCUGUCGCCAUUGGAAAAUAAAGAACUGAAUCGACGGAUAUCUGUGCAUAUUGUUACUGUGUGUGAAAAACUGUUUCAUCACUACUUAAAAAAAGCACAAGUGCUGAAUGAGAGAGGAAUAUUUAGUGGACCUGCUAACAUGAGUCGACUAAAGGCACAACUGGCACUGGAUGCUAAUAAAUUUUUGAAUAUCCUGAUGAUCCGGCGGUAUAUUGUUGCUGAUAUUCGAGGGAAGGAAGACUCAGAUGGAGAUGACAUGGAUACAUUUACUGCCAAGUUUUCUGGGAAGCAGGAAAUUAGUCACCCUCCUCUGUCUUUUCAAGGAAUGAUUCAGAGUAGCCGUCCAAAGUCAAAGACAAAGAAGUACCGUUACAAGACUGCUGAGCAGGAAGCCAAGGAGAUCUCUGAAGCAAUGCCUGCACUGAACACCAAUAAACUAAUGGGCUUGGUGGCUGACAUGCCAGAUAGGGAUCUCCAGACUCCCUCACAAGAGAACCUUGGGUACAACUCUGUAACUCUCUAUAUACCAGAGAACCUUGGGUACAACACUGUAACUCUCUAUAUACCAGAGAACCUUGGGUACAACACUGUAACUCUCUAUAUACCAGAGAACCUUGGGUACAACACUGUAACUCUCUAUAUACCAGAGAACCUUGGGUACAACACUGUAACUCUCUAUAUACCAGAGAACCUUGGGUACAACAGUGUAACUCUCUAUAUACCAGAGAACCUUGGGUACAACACUGUAACUCUCUAUAUACCAGAGAACCUUGGGUACAACAGUGUAACUCUCUAUAUACCAGAGAACCUUGGGUACAACACUGUAACUCUCUAUAUACCAGAGAACCUUGGGUACAACACUGUAACUCUCUAUAUACCAGAGAACCUUGGGUACAACACUGUAACUCUCUAUAUACCAGAGAACCUUGGGUACAACAGUGUAACUCUCUAUAUACCAGAGAACCUUGGGUACAACAUUGUAACUCUCUAUAUACCAGAGAACCUUGAGUACAACCCUGUAACUCUCUAUAUACCAGAGAACCUUGGGUACAACACUGUAACUCUCUAUAUACCAGAGAACCUUGGGUACAACACUGUGACUCUCUAUAUACCAGAGAACCUUGGGUACAACACUGUAACUCUCUAUAUACCAGAGAACCUUGGGUACAACACUGUAACUCUCUAUAUACCAGAGAACCUUGGGUACAACACUGUAACUCUCUAUAUACCAGAGAACCUUGGGUACAACACUGUAACUCUCUAUAUACCAGAGAACCUUGGGUACAACACUGUAACUCUCUAUAUACCAGAGAACCUUGGGUACAACAUUGUAACUCUCUAUAUACCAGAGAACCUUGGGUACAACACUGUAACUCUCUAUAUACCAGAGAACCUUGGGUACAACACUGUAACUCUCUAUAUACCAGAGAACCUUGGGUACAACACUGUAACUCUCUAUACACCAGAGAUUCUUGGACUUUCAUUGGAGAUGAAAUCAUUUCAGAAAAUAGUGCUCAAGAGGUCAAAGUCAAUGCCUGAGCUCCAGAUUGGUGAGACUAUCUUAGAGGAGAUUGGACUAGAUCCAAAAGAAAUUUCACAGGAUAAACUGGAGGAGAUGGAAAUAGCCAUGCUUAAACGGAACAACCAGGCUCUAGAAAUGGUAAGGUUGUGACAAAUUAAGGCAAAACAUCCUUUGGAGGAGAGAGGGCCCCAGCCUGGUACACGAGAGUAUGCUCAGAAUGACCUUAAAAAGUUAAUGUCACGCCCCCAAGACAGACAUGUGGGCAAUAUAGAUGAAGAUCUAUCCCCUCUCUUACAGGCUCUGACUAGAAGUGCUAAACAUGAUACAAUGAAAGAGAAAGUGCAGCAGAAAAUAAGGGAACUUGAUGAGAAAGAAAAACAAGAAAUUGAAAAAGAAAAAAUACCUCUUCGUGAGCCCACACAUCCACAGCCAGCCACUGUUAGUGCCAAACUCCCAGGGAUGACCGUGAGAGCAUCAGAUAUUCGUGUGUCAGAGAGAGUCUGCAUGUCCUCCAUCACAAUAGACAGGUUCUCCACAGUCUUCAAUGAUCUCAUGGACGAGAUUGACCCUGUCACAGUAAAGAAUCUUGACAAGAACUUAUUUCUAGGUGAGGAGAUCACUGAGGUUUACAGGGAAAUCAUGAAGACAGUCCCAACAACACAUCUACGACUGGAUGAUGAUGUCUAUGUUGUGCCUGCUGCCGACACUGUAAAUCUGUCUGGCACAAUGGCAUCAGCAACCCUUAAUAAACGCAAGUCAGAACGUGUCAUCAACCCCAAACUGAGGACAGAUAAACAGCCACCAUGGGGAGGAGAAGAUCCCAAAACUUGGGUGAAGACGCCCAAUAAUCCUCCUAAAAAUUUCCUUGGAGAAGAUAUCUUCCAGCCAACAACUCCAAAUAUGGAACGUGUUCAUGAUGCCAUGCAUAAUCCUGGCAAGAUGUCACAGAUGCUGCAGGGCGAUAAUAUGCCAAAAUUUGUAGCAGAGAAGAUGGCGCGCACUUAUGCGUCUUGGCUUCAGUGGUGGAAGAGUACCAUCACCAGCGAUGAUUACAUGAAAUACCUAUCUACCACGGAGGACAUUGUUCCAGGUCUACUAGAGAUUGCUGCAACCCCUACAAACAGCCCCUCCCCCCAACACAGCAACACAAGUGUGUCCUUAGACAUAUUGGCCAUCCUUAGUCUACCUUCCCUGGAUUUCAAAGAAUUACAGACAUUUUAUCCAUUGCAUAUAAGCUCAUACAAUGUCCCUCAGAAAAAUCUCACUCAAAGUACACUCCCACAACAAUCUUCUCUUGAAAGUAGUCACCAAGAAUCUGUCAAGUCCGGCAAAAAGCAGUCAAAGUCUUGUCUUAAAAGUGACCACAACGAUUAUAGCAGUCAACAUAAUGAUAUGAAAUCUAAAGGCCACAAGGAUGCUUGCACCCUCGGUCUACCUAAGAUACCAUUGAUAGACAGUGUGUCAACUUUAAUGGCGGCCCGGGUCACACACCAGGAAAAUGACUAUCUUGGUGCAACAUUCCACUUUUUUGAUUCUGACGAUGAAGAUGAUGAUGAUGAUGAAGAGUCAGCUGGUCCACAGAUAUCAAUGUACACACAGUCCAUUCAACAGCCAACCCUUAUAAACCAUGUCAACGCUCCCAAAGUCCCCAAACCACACUCUAGCAAAGUGUCAGAAAUGAGAGAACGAGAGAAGAAACUGAAUGAACUAAAGGAAGUGAAGAAUAAAUAUGAAGAAGGGAUGUGGAAUGUAAACACCAUUCUGAUGGGUGGCUUAGGGAAGGACCCUGCUAUUAUUGAUGAUGAUGACGAUGCUUCAUCCAAGAGACAGAAGUCUGCAGAUACAUCUAAGUCAGCCAAGACCUUGCAUGAACGUGCCGCAGCCCGUCACUCUGCUCGCCUACAGGAGAAGACUUCAACAAGGGACUUCAUACAAUCCAGACAGUCACGGCAGUCAAAGGUUACAUCUGUGACAGGAACAAUGAGCAAGAUGGAUACAGAGCGGUCAGAAGAGAGUGCUGGUGUGGAAAUGCCUCUCACGCCUCAGGAUCGACUGGAAAAGGUUUGGAAAUCCUUGGAAAUGCCAGAUUCCCACCGACUCGACAUGGCAAUAAAAUAUAGCUGUAAUGAGUUUUACUCACGUCUCUUCGAGGUGAUUGACCGAUGGGAGAAAGUGACAGAAUUCAUUUUGAAGAGGGAAGAUUUAUUGGCAAAACUAGAAAAGUUUGAACGAAACGCUUCUGACCCCAACAGAUUCUUUGAGAAAGGUAUAUCUGGUAGCAAAAGGAGUUCAGUAAAAAGGCUACAGGAAGCCAAACAGCGCAGUUUUUAUUAUAAGAGAAUUGAUUAUUAUGACCGAGAGAUAAAAAUUGAGAUAGAUUAUAUGACGCAACACUUUCAAGAUAUCAUCACAUACAAGGGACGGUCAUAUGAAGAAAAGAUGAAGUGGGAUAGGAUUGAGAUGUUGUACUGGCUGCAAGAGGAACGUAAACAAAAUGCUCUCAAAUAUGAGGCCAUGAUGAAACAGGCUGUGCCUAUGAAGGUCAAGACAGCUCAGCUUGACCCAAUUACACCACCUAGUACAGCUAAAGUCAAGUAGUUGUUGUCCUCUACAUACAAGUGUCAGAGUUGUCGCCAUCAUACAAGUGUCAGAGUCGCCGCCAUCAUACAAGUGUCAGAGUUGUCACCAUCACACAAGUGAUCAUACAAGUGUCAGACUCGUCACCAUCAUACAAGUGUCAGAGAUAGUUUUCAAUUGAUCAUAUUUGGUACUGUUUGAUAGAAAAAAGAAAAAACCAGGUAUUGGAAUGGUUGUAUCAUCAAGGAAAAGUCAUAAAUAGGUCAAUGUUUUAGACUUGACUUUGAUGACCUUUGAUAUAAAUACACAAAUAAGGUCAAGGUUAUCUCAGAACAGCCAAGGUGUGGUUGCACCAUCAACCUGAACACACAAUAUAUAGGUCAAACUUAUUCUUGAAGAAUCAGGGCAUAUAAAAGAUGGAUAGCCCCAGCUAAUUGCACAGUUAUCUCGAAAAACCAAAAGAUAUAGAUGACUGUUGACCUGAACAUAUAAUUAAGGUCAAAUAAAUCUCAGAACCAGAACUCAAGAGAUUGUUCGAAUUUUUUAAAAUGGCAGAUAUACACCACUGGCUAUUUAGGUGAUGCGUAAUCAGACCAAAGAUGCGGAAAAACAUUCCAGAUUAUACUUUGUUAAAUUGUUUUGGAUAUUUCUUGUUUAUCAGCCAGCAGUUAGCUUAACCAACCAUUAACUCACAUCUUUGUUGGGUUGUGUGUAAAUUUGAAUAUAUUUUAUAUCCAAAUUUGUGAUAUUUACAUAGAUUAUUUCUGCCAAUCUGUUAAAACAAAAUGUAAGCAGAAAGUAUAAUGAAUAUGAUUUAAUUAGGCAUACUAGAUUACAGAUUUCCAGAAGAUUGUAUGAUUAAGCUCAUUUCAUUUUCAUCUCCUUUUAAGAUUUGUUACAUACUCCAUUCCUGAUUCCAAAUUUCUUUUGUACAAUUUGUUGGUAUGU